AUGGGUACUCUUGCGUGUCAUAUCGAGUCGCAUUCGAGAGUAUCCGAUUCCCAGCUGUCCGAGAACAGCUUUUGCGCCGACGAUGAAAAUCAUGCUUCCUCUCCCUGUCUCCCCCUGUCUCCCCCUGUCUCCCCCCAUAUCGACCGUCGGCUCUCUCUUGUGCGGCGAUGUGGCAUGCCCGCUGCCUUCCCCCCAGCCUUCGAGUUCCUCACCGGACUAUCGACAUGGCUUCAUCCGAAUCUCUUUAUUCGACCGGCUACCUCACCUGGUGAUGUCCAUGGAAGUGACGACGUAACAGGUGUCUCGAUCUGGUCGACAGCCGCGAUCGACGUCGGUCAAACAGGUUCGUCAUCGCUGCCCACGUACUUCCCCUUCCCUCCCCCACCCCACCUAACCUUCCACUUUCAGUCGCUUGUAUACCCAAACGCUCCGUGCUCUCGCACCGCAACUCGCAACUCCAUCUCCCCGACUGGAAUCGAACGCUGGACUUGUCCCCAACUCUCCGUCUCGUCCUCGUCGUCCUCUACGAGCUGCACCUAGGUCCUCAAUCAAUUUGGUCCGAAUACCUCGCAUCGUUAGCCUCUGCAACGGUCCCCGUAGGAGUCUUGUGGACCGGGAAAGCCAAAGUAUGGGCUCGAGGAACCCAAGUCGCCCGAGUCGUCCGUGAAUUGGGAUUGGAUCAUGUACGUGUGUGGAGUAUGACCACAUUCAUUUGCACUCGUCCUGAACGUCAUCUCACCACAUAGGAAACGAUCCGACAAUUCUACGACGGGCUUCCGGCGAAGGUGCUCGGAGCGAUCGGUAACCCCACAAGGGAAGCCUUCUUCCGAGCUUAUUCACUCGUCUCCUCCCGAGCCGUGAGUAUUCCCAAUUCCCCACCCCACUUUUACAGGCCCCAACACAGACCCCUUGACACAUUCCUCCCACAGUUCAUGAUCGACGCCUUUCACACUGUCGCCCUUGUCCCUUUGUUCGAUCUCUUCAACCACUCCGAUACACCGCACGUCCAUCCCGAAGCUGAGCAUUGGGUCUGCUCGACUUGCGGUUCGUUCGGGUUUUGUUCGCAUGACGAUCAAGACGAGGGGUACGAACUGAGUGAGGGAGCAUCACUUUCCUCCCCGACCUCGCACCCAACCGCGAGGGAGGAAGACGAGACUUAUGACCUCGUGACCGUCCUGCACAUCGACCCUUCCAACGGGGAGCAAGAAAUCUUCAACACCUACGGCGACAUGAGCAAUGCUCAAUUGGUCACGAUGUAUGGGUUUUUGAUCGAUGGGAACCAGUACGAUAGGAUCCAUUUUGAAGUUGGGCUGAAGAAGGAACAGAGGCGCGAAUGGGAAGAGUUAAUUUCGCUUUGGUCGGAGCUCGGACAUAGGCACGAGGAGCAGUCCCACGAGCUCAUUAUACCCCUUCCUCCGACGACAAACUCGACGAUUGGACCAAACCAUUCCACCCACGAAGAAUUCUACAUCGACGCCGAAGCCCGACUCUCCACACCCCUUUGGCUAGCCCUCUUGAUCCAGUCCGAGAUACCCCUCCCUCGCUCAUCGAGGAAGAAGCAAAAGGUCUUUCUUCAAAGUUUCUACGAUUCCCUCUCAGCGACCGCCUUUUCGCUCGGGCCAUUAGCGAAGAGGAAUUUGGGGCUUUUCAAAUCCCACGUCGAAACGAUCGUCCGUCGGAUAGUCGGGGUCCAACAUCGACCUGAAUCGACCAGUCGGGACUUGUUCGAUUUGGCCGAGACUGAUGGGUUGGAGGAAAUGGAACGUUUGGCGAUAAAGUCGCUGGCGCUAGAGAGGGGUUUGUUGGAGACGCUGGUGGCGAAGCUUGCGGACUUGGUGUAG